AUGGCCAAUGAAAAACCGAAGGAAGGAGUCAAGACUGAAAACAAUGCCCAUGUUAAUGGGCAAGAUGGUUUGGUGGUGCAAUUCAAGAUUAAGAGGCACACACCACUUAGUAAACUAAUGAAAGCCUAUUGUGAACGACAGAACACACCUGCACAGUUGGAAAUGGAGGAUAAAGAUACAAUUGAUGUAUUCCAACAGCAGACAGGAGGGGCUUACUAA